UGCGCAAUCGCGCACGGAACCCUAGAGCGCCGGAACUCCUGAGAGCAGAUCCAGGCUCUCGCAGUGACGGUCCGUCCGUCAGGGAGCUCUUCCGUCACCAGCGCUAUCAGCGCUAUGAGGCUUUGGCAGCAGGCAUGGGGUGCCGUGGGGACCGCUUGGCGCGAGUGCUUUCCUCUGCAAGGUCACGAAGUGGCACGCUGGUUCCCCGGCCACAUGGCCAAGGGACUAAAGAAGAUGCAGAGCAGUCUGAAGCAGGUGGAUUGUGUUAUCGAGGUUCAUGACGCCCGGAUCCCACUUUCAGGUCGAAACCCUCUGUUCCAGGAGCUACUUGGUCUGAAGCCUCAUUUGCUUGUCCUUAACAAAAUGGACUUGGCGGAUCUUACAGAGCAGCAGAGAAUUGCCCAACACUUAGAGGGAAAAGGCCUGAAGAAUGUCAUUUUUACAAACUGUAUCAAGGAUGAAAACAUCAAGCUGAUUAUCCCAAAAGUCACAGAACUGAUCAAGUGCAGCUACCGCUACCAUCGAGCAGAGAAUCUGGAGUACUGCAUCAUGGUGGUCGGUGUCCCUAAUGUAGGCAAGUCCUCUCUCAUCAACUCCCUGAGACGACAGCACCUCAGGACAGGAAAAGCUGCCAGAGUGGGCGGUGAGCCAGGAAUCACCAGAGCUGUGACGUCCAGAAUCCAGGUAUGUGAGCGUCCACUGAUGUUCCUGCUGGAUACUCCUGGGGUGCUGGCUCCUCGGAUUGAAAGUGUGGAGACAGGCCUGAAGCUGGCCCUGUGUGGAACUGUGUUGGACCAUCUUGUUGGGGAAGAGACCAUGGCCGAUUACCUCCUUUACACCCUCAACAGGCAUGGGCUAUUUGGGUACGUGCAGCACUAUGGCCUGGCCAGCGCCUGUGACCACAUAGAGCGGGUGCUGAAGAGUGUGGCUGUGAAGCUGGGGAAGACGCGGAAAGUGAAAGUGCUCACCGGCACAGGUAAUGUCAAUGUUAUCCAGCCUGAUUACGCCAUGGCAGCCCGAGACUUCCUCAGAACCUUCCGCAAAGGGCUACUGGGCCAAGUGAUGCUGGACCGUGAUCUUUUGCCUGCUUGUUGAUGACGCUGAGCCCUGAACUGGCUUGCUGGAGUAUAGUCUCCUGCAAACUCCAUGGAACUGCAGCCGGAGCGUUUAGCUCUCAGAACUGUUCCCCUGUCCACAGGCUCUAUGUGUUGCUACCCAAGACUCAGCCCCUAACUCCAAAGGGCAUUCUGUUAUCAGCCUGCUUAGUCCUGGUUACAACCAUGGGGUCCCAGGAGUCCUAAAUAUGUGGUUUAGUCAGGAGGUUUUCUCUCAGUCUCAAGGAGAGGUUAAUGCUAUCUCAGAGGAGUCAAAGCUGUAAUCUGUAAUUUAAAAAUUAGGUUUAAAAGA